ACAGCUGUUUUAGCAGCGGCAUUUGACAUGUUGUUGUUAUUAUUUGGCUUAUGUAAUUUAGAAAAUGUACAACUUACUACGAAUGUCGUAAACCGCCUCGGUUUCUGUUUCAAUCAAUGGAAAGAAUGAAAAUUGAUAUUAUCUUUGCUGUUAUUCAUUGCAGCUUGUCUGUAAGUAGCUUAUUUUGUUGUUCUGUGUAGCCACUGUCUUAUCGCAAAUCAACGUGCCUUGGGUAGAUUCCUAGACAGAAGAUCAUGAGGAAGGUUUCUAAAUAUGUCACAAGAAAUAAAUGUUAACCCUCCGGUGGCAAGCGAGGAUCAUGCUGACAAUGACAACGAUCAAGAAAAUAUUGUUUCAAACGGGGUUGAUGACAACUUAGUCGUUCCAACGAGCGUACGUGGUGCAGUUGAUGAACAAACUACGAAUGAAGACGACAACCAUGUGCAGGAUAUUGCCCCCAGCGACGAUGAGGAGAACGAACUUACAUUCGAAGAAGUUCCUGUUUCACCUGUUAUGCAAGAGAAAAUUGAGAGAAUUGAAGCUGUUUUAGAGACAUCACGUGAUCUUAAAAGUCUAAAACAGUUUGCUUUGUCUGAAGGCGGUCUUGUCACUGAUGAAAUUCGAAGAAAAGUUUGGCCAAUACUUGUCGGAGUUGAUGCACCAUCAGAUACUGAACUUCCCAGCCAAGCUGAAUUAGAAAGUCAUGUGGAAUAUCAGCAAGUAGUGCUGGAUGUUAAUAGAUCUCUCAAAAGAUUUCCACCAGGUAUUCCAUAUGAACAGAGAGUGGCUUUGCAAGACCAGUUAACAAGGCUUAUACUGAGGGUAAUAAUCAGAUAUCCACAUUUGCGGUACUACCAGGGUUAUCAUGAUGUUGCAGUGACAUUCCUUCUUGUUGUGGGAGAAUCUGUUGCAUUUAAAAUAAUGGAGAAGCUCUCUACUACUCAUCUCAAAGAUUGUAUGGCAGCAACUAUGGAAAAAACUUCCUAUUUGCUCAAUUAUAUAUAUCCUCUAAUCCAGAGGUUGCACCCAUCACUAUGUGAUUAUUUGGAGAGGUCAGAAGUAGGAACAAUGUUUUGCUUGCCUUGGUUUCUAACUUGGUAUGGCCACAAUUUAAAUAAAUAUCAAGAUGUGGUUCGGCUGUAUGAUUUCUUCCUUGCAUCACCACCACUAACACCAUUAUAUCUGGCAGCAGAGAUUGUAGUACAUCGGCAAGAUGAGAUAUUUGCAGUGGACUGUGACAUGCCCAGUAUCCACCCACUUUUGUCACAGAUUCCAGAUGAUUUACCAUUUGAAGAACUAUUAAAAAAGACAAGUGACCUAUAUCUACAGUACCCACCAGAAAGUAUUGAAGCAGAAGUUUCUGAGAGGUCACGUAGAGAGUCGAGACCAAGGAGAUCUGUUGUUCCACAGAGACCUUUGCCACCACAACAGUUCAGCACGCUCUGGAGGUGGUUGGAGUGGAGUGGAGUAGUUCAUCAAGGAGCACCUCGCCGAAAAUUCACAAUGCUUGUUGUUCCAGUUGUUACCACAUUAGUUGUCAUUUACGCCUAUUGUAAAGCAGCUGAGGCAUACACUUUUGAUCUCGUCACAUCAAUAAGAUAGUAAAAGUAGAAUCAAGGACAACUGAAACUAUAUACAGUGUUAGAUUCAUUACAGAUUAUUUGUUGGGCGUUUUAGCAGAAUCAUGCCUUUUACCCGUGCAAUACUCCAACAAUACUGUUUUUCAAUGUUACAGUCAUUGUACCUGAUGGCGUGAUCUGCAUCUGUGGGUUGGUAGAACAUUACUAUAUUCUGACAGAUGGUAUAUAUGGUGCUAAACAUGGAGUACCGUGAUUGAUGCUAGUGAAAUGAAUUAACAGGCACGUUUGUGUGCUGAGGCUACAUUCGUAUCAAACUUGUCAACAUAUAUAAAGAGCAACUUAUUUUUCAAUAAUUAUAGGGUGUAAAGAAUAUUUGUGAGAUUUGUGAGAAAUACAGAAAUGUCUUUACUUGAGAGUGUUGCAUCAGUUUAAUAGAAUGUGCGAAUAGUCUGCCUGAAAAAGGCCCCAAUAGUUCAGAAAGAAUGCUAAUAUUUUUAUAUGAUUCCUUUAGCAAUAUAUGUCACUACUGUGUUUCUUUUGUGAUCAGGGACUAGUGUACAGCUAUAGUUAUGAUUGAUUCCUCAAAAACUUAUAUGUUCUGCACAUGUUCAACCCUGCAACAGUGGUUUGGACACAGAUCUGAAAAAUGAUGAAACUCGAACUUCAAAUGAUGGAUACUGCAUUUAUCUGCUUUUGUAAAACAGUAGAGGACUGAAGAAAUAAGCAUAUAUCACGAUUGUUACAUAAUACUUGUUGAUAUAUACACAUGCAGACCAGUGCCCAUAUUUUUCACAAGUGCGAAAUAACGUGUUCACAGUAUGUGGCUUUUGUCAUUACAAUACUGCAGAUUUGUACUGUACUUGUUUCCAAGUAAAAAGUUGAGCCUUCAAUAACAGCAAACAUUAGAAAGUAAUGACUUAACGAGUGACUAUAAUGCACAUUCAAAAAAGCCAUACUACUAAACAAAUUAAGCAAAGUUUUGAUUGACAGUGAAGUUUGGAAAUAUACAUUCCUUGGUGUGGUAUCUUUGAUCGUGAAAGAUCUGUAUUACUACCAGUUGCCUCACAUUAUUAAAAAGAAAACUUGCUUAUGUUCAUUAAGGGUCUAAAAGUUUUCCACCAUAAUUUCCAUAAUAGGUACUGUUAAAAUUAACAGAAUUGUGAAGACUGAUUAGUUACUGUUUUUCUAUUGAUAUUGCUUUAAUCAAAUGAUUUUGCAUAGAAGGAAAUUACAGUCUGCAAUGGCACUAAGCCACAUUUAUCAGGUGCUUUGAAUGUUUCUGAACGUGUAUGUCAGUUUAUGCCAAUUGUGUUAUAUUUAUUCCUAUACAAAUACUUAAUUCGGUGCAAGGAGUAAGCGUUGAGAUAAACAACAUACUUGUGAAGACUGGCUCAAGUUACUAUCCUCUUCUAACUUCAUGCAGUAAUUUCUAUACCAUUACAAGUGUCUGUUCCUGUAACUUGAGUGCACAUCAUCAUUAGAACCAUUACUUAUGUAUCUGAAAGUGAUGAAUUUACUUCUAGACUAUAAAGUAAACCGAAAUAAUAGUAGUUUAGAGAAUGAAAAUGUUUUUAAACAAAUAUGGCUUUUAAUCAUAGGAUGAUUAUUUUUUCUUAUAGUAUUCCCAUCCACAUUAUAACUUACAGUCCUAUUUUGAACAACGUAUCAAAUUUGGUCCUGUGGCACCUAUGUAUUGCAUUUUACCUUCAGUUUGAUUUGAUAUCUCAAUCAACAGCAGAGUUUUGAAUAGUCAGUACAUUAUGCUGGAACUUUCAGUAGCUGUCAACAGAUUUCUGAAAGCAGAAGCAUAGAGAUUGUUUCAGGCAGAAUUUAUAUCUGUGUAGAGAAAAUUGAUUUGUCUCUCUGCCCAUUCAGUGAUUAUAAAAAUACUGUUAAAUUUCUUUUAAGGCCAUUUGCAAACUAAGUAGUGCCUGUUUUUACAUUUUCAUAUUAUUAUUAUUAUUAUUAUUAUUAUUAUUAUUAUUAUUAUUAUUAUUGUUAUUGUUUGUUACUUCAUACUUUUCUUGUUGAAGACACUA